CUGUGACGUAAUCGGUGAAGAUGGCGGCCUCCUGUGUGCGUCGCGCUGUGGUUCUGACCCUGGUCAGGUCCAGAUGCUCAGCAGCUGGAGGCAGCAGCAGCUCUGUGGCAGGAAAACGCUCGGCCUUCUGGGUAAACAUAAAAAACGUUGAGGGAAGAGGAGGAAGAGGAGGAGGAGGAGGAAGAGGAGCAGCAGCUCUGUGGGCAACAGUUGCUUUCUCUCUGUUCAGGUCUGAUGAAGACAAACGAGAUGAAGCUCAGAGAAAAGACGAUGAGAUGAUUCUGCUGCUGAAGAAAGCCAAGCUCAGUGUGUAUCGGGAGCAGCUUCAAGCAGCUUCAGGUUUCCUCCACCAGGCCGUCGCUCUGGCUCAUCAGACUGGAAACCAGCAGGCCCUCAUCUACACCUACAGCAUGAUGGCGAACCUGGCCUACGUGCAGGGUCAGCUAGACAACGCAGAAAAACUGUUCAAAGCUGCGAUGAGCUUCAUGUUGUCAGGAGGAACACCACAGGACGAUAACGCCUUCAUCGAGAUGUCUCUGAAGCUAGCCUCCAUCUACGCUGAGCAGAACAAGGCGGAGCUUGCUGAACAUGGCUUCAGGUUCUGUUCAGAGUCUCUUGAGGCCAAACUGCAGAAAACCAUCGACCUGAAAGCAGAGGACCAGACAGAGGAGGAGGAGGCGCUGAGAAAAGAGACCCGCCUUCUUCUCGGACUCUGUCUGGACUCUCGAGCUCGAUACCGAGCGUCCACGUGGCGCCUGGACGCGGCGAGACAGGACUACGAGAAGGCACUGACCAUCUGCCGCCAGGAGCAGGGAGAGACACACCCACAGACUCUGGUGCUGAUGAACGACUUGGGCACCAUCCUGGAUCUGCUGGGUUUGCAUGAGGACGCCCUGGCCUUGGUCCAACAGGCUGUGGAUCUGAGCAGGUCUGCAGGACACCCGGACCAACAUGUCCUGCUGGGAAACAUGGCCGGCAUUCUGCUGCACAAAGGGCGGCUGGACGACUCGGUGCGGUUCUACCAGGAGGCUCUGGGUCUGGCCCGGCAGGCCGGAGAUCAGGAGGCCGUGGACAAGAUCCAGGAGGGACUGAAGGAGGUGAAGAAGAAGAGGGAGCAGGGGACAAAGGAGGAGCAGGACGCUGCAGAGGACUGACGUCUCAGGGUGUCCAAAGGCAGACUGGAGGGUCCAGCAUGUUAGUGACCCUUUGACCUUUCCACAGAAUGUCCUCACACUGUUGUUGUCGCUGUCCCCAGAGGAUGAACCCUCCCAUAAACACCAGGGCCCUGGACUAUGAAGCAGGACUUGUGGUUAUCGGUUAACUUCUCCUCAGAGGAUGAACCUCUGUCAGCUGCUGGAGCCCAACAGAACCAGCCUGACCAGUAAAGUGCUCCCAGUCCCACAGACUGCAGCUGCUUCACUGGUUUCCUGUUCACUGGCUGAUGAACAGAAACUCAAUCUACAUUCAUCAGACACAUUAAAGUCUUUUCUUUAGUUUCUAUUGAUCUUUGUGGUUUUCUACUUAUGUUCAUUUAGUAUCUGACUUGUUUUCAAACCUCAUUGUACAUGUGUGUACUGAUAUGAAAAUACAGUGGAGAUAGUGUUGUACCUGUUGUGUUGUAAAGAUAUGAAGAUCAGCCGACUUGCUUCUUUACUGUGUUUAUUUCCUGCAGUUCAGCUUGAAGCCACCAGGGUUUCACCUGAAAGACUCAAACUGUCAGACACACAAUGAGAAUUCAUGUAAAUGACAUGUGAUGGAAACAUGUGAGAUCAUAUUCAGAUCUGCUCUGGUUCAUGAACAGUUUGACUACAAAAACAAUCCCAGAUGUUUUACCAGAUGUUCUUCCUGCAUUCAGCAGCUGGAACUGUUUCUUUUAUUCUGGAAUUUUGUUCUGCUCAGAUUUUUAUUAUUCACCAGUUUGAUCCUCGGCUCUGCUGUCAGCCCCCCCCCCCCCUCAUAUCCAGAAGAAAAGCUGAGUUAGCUGAACAGAUUAAACCAGCAUCAUGUGACCACUUAGCCUGAUUGUCAGGUGGAGUUCAGCUGGAUAACUGGUCCAGGUUCAUGUUUCAGGACUGUGAGUUUCUGUCUGAUUAAAACGUCUUCAAUGUCCUCACUCAUAAAA